AUGCCUGCUGUUGUGUGGCAUUUCUUUUGGCAUUGUGGAGGGAGCGCGGCUGAUGUUGAGCCACUCACGUUCGGGCGCUUCACGGCCCAGCUUCAGAGGGUUACGGCCAUGAUCGUGGGCUGGAGUCUUUUCUACAGUGCCGAUGGGCUUGUGACGGUCCAUUUUCCUUAUAUGGUCGGGGUCAUAAAGCGCGUGGUUGUGGCGUUGGGUGUUACCCUGCUGUCCAUGGCGUGCAUCUUUGCCAUGGGAGACGCGGAGGAGACAUUCAUCAAAUAUUCGUUCAAGACGGAAAAGGAGUCCACUCUAGUCGGAGGCGCGAGGCCUCAGCUCAAAGAUAAUUUCAAAGAGAUAUUCAAGUUCUUGAGAAGCACCGAGAGGGGGAUGGCGACACUGAUCGGUUUUGCUUGGGAGCAGCUGUUCGACUUGGCGGUGGUCAGCAUUUCGCACGCGGAUUCCGCCAGUCAGGUUGUGCCGCCUUGCGUCACGAAGCUGCUUCUGGCCCUCGUGCUGGCGGGAAUGGUGAUACCGUCCUGGCGGUUGUACAUCCUCCCACUCACUGCCCCACUCACUGAUUCGCUUGAAGAGGAGGACGAUAAGGAGUGGGAGGACGCCCACCUUCAGCACAACCCGUCCCAGACAGAAUCCCUCCUCCGCAGGCUCACCAUUGAAGACGCCGUAGACGUCCGCCUGGUUCCGCGCCUGAGCAGGCGGCGCCUUCGCGAGCCACAGGGCGAGGGCGGCGGAGCUGGCGAGGCCUUGGGGGCCGGGUGUCCGGGUGCCUCGGCGGCGAGGUCCGCCCCCCCGCCUUCGCCGAUCCACGGUUUCCGGCAGCUCGAUGGGCAGCGGGGGUACAGGCAGCUGGCGGAGUCCGACGCCGAGCUGGACGCCUCACUCGAGCGGCUCGGGGAGCUGGAGCAGCGCUCCGCGGCGCUCCUGGCGUGCCAGGCCCCCGGCUGA